UGUGGUCUGACACUUCAGUUGCUAGGGCGCGCGCUCCAUAGCAACCGAGUCCCGGGAAGUAAAGUUGAGAUUUUCGCGUUUUUUAGUUUUUUAAUCGAAGUUAAUUACAGAAGAUGACGUCACUCGCCCACGUCCUGAGACCGGAAACAGAAACGUCCCCCUGAAUUUAAGAUGCCGGCCGCACGAGUCCUCAAACCAAAACCUGUGGAGGCUUCAGGUAAAACCCUGGAGAGGAGCAGACCGGUGAAGGUGAGCGCGGUGACCGGGGCGCGCGCGGAGCUGCAGCCGCCCGCGGUGCGUAAAAGCCGCGCGUCGAGCUGCCCGCGGUGUCCGCCGCCGCGCGGCAGGUGUGAGCGGGGCACCGGGGCGCAGCGCACCGCCCUCAGAGCCAGCUGCGAGAGGAGAACCAGGUCCAGCUCCACCGCUCCCAAAACCACCAAAACCACCAAAACCACCACCAGCAACUGGCCCAGAACCAACCCGGCCUGCCGGACGGCCGUGACACACGCUGCUGUUGGUCCAAAGUGCCGCGAGACGAGCGCCGAACCGGGUCAGAGGGACCAGAGGAGCGUCAGAACCGAGACCAAGCACACGAGUCACAGUCACAAAGCGUUCACCGUCAUCCCCCCGAACCCCAAGAAAAGACGAGAGAUCCAGAGAAAGGCGGAGGCGGAGCUCGCCGCUUUAGAGGAGCUUCGACUGAGCAGAGCGAUGGCGUACGUCUCCAUUAACCCCAGCACUGUUGGUGGCUGUAUGAGUCUGGAGGAAGUUCGGUCGAAGCAGCAGCAGGAAAUGAUGCAGGCGAAGAGGAAACAGAAACCGAUGAAGACGCAGCUGUUGGAACAAACAUCCGUCCUCUGAAGACGAGCGCCGUCUCUCGUCCCGUCUCGGCCGGCAGCUCGACUCUCCUCCCUGCAGCUGCUGAACUCUCAGCGUUCACACUGGAUUCAGCUCUACGGAAGCCCGGAGGGACAAAUGAAGACAUGCCUGUUUAUGGUGAUCCAUCUUAUAAAUCUGAUCUAAGUUACAUUCGCUCUCGUGUUCCUUCAGUUUAUGUUUUCCAUCUGUGAAAACACACAAAAGGGAAAAUAAUUCUGGGGAUGUUUUGUCAUUACCGUCUGUUUUGGCACAGGAAACAAAAUAACACCAACAUUACUGAAUAUGUUGUGAAAAAUGAUCCUGGCAGAACUUUCUAAUCCAGCUGAUCUCAGAUCGUAAACACAGGAGAGAAGAUGAUUUCAACAUUUCUUUGAUUGUCCCUCCGGGCUUCCAUACAACUCACAUGUUUAGAUACAAAACUUCACUCAGCUCUGCACGUCAUGUUUUGUAUGUAGUCGUUUAGUUUGUCACUUGUUGUGUGUGUUUUUUUGUGUGUAUAUAUUCUGACACUUUAAAGGUUCAGUUCACCCAAAUCACAACCAACACCUGUUCACUCUGACCACUGAGAGGAUCCACAUGGUGAUUCUUCACAAGCUGACGACACGAAAGCUUUUUUAAAUUCAUCUUUGGAUGAUAAUAGAUCUAAAAAGUGCUGAAAAUUGAUUCAUAAACUCUUAACGAGGCCUGUUCUCACUUCUCAUCAAGCCUUAUCAGAACGAUGGUCCCACAUCCCGCUUCAAGAAUCAUUUCAAGACUGAAUUCACAACUUUUUUGUGAAUGUUUUGAGAUGUUUGUCUUUAAGAUGCACCUUUCUGCUGCCACCCCGAUGCAACUGAGUUAUCAAGUAUGAAACGAGCCACAGUUUUCUUUUUUGUUCUGUAUUUUGUUGUUUGUUGGGACAAUAAAACGUUUGAUUCAUGCCAGAA